UCUUAUGCAAAAUUUUUGAAAGAUAUCUUAACUAAGAAGAGGGUGAUUGGGAAGGAGACAGUAUCCUUGAGCACAGAGGUCAUCGAUGCGAUUCUACAGCAUGAGUUGCCACGAAAGAGAUCGGAUCCAGGUAGUUUCUCGAUUCCUUGCAAAAUCGGGAACAUUGAGAUUGACCGUGCAUUGUGCGAUUUGGGUGCCAGUGUGAGCUUGCUUCCGUUGUCCAUCUACAAGAAGCUCAACAUUGAAGAUCUUAAACCGACGAGGAUGGCACUACAGUUAGCAGAUCGAUCCAUCAAGUAUCCUGCAGGUAUUCUCGAGGACGUCCCAUUGAAGGUCGGGAAUUACUAUGUUCCCGUUGAUUUUAUUGUUGUAGACAUGGAAGAGGACUCGAAGAUACCAAUUAUAUUAGACCGACCAUUCUUAAACACGACCGAUGCGGUGGUUCAU